UUUAGAAUGGAUGACAGUGGAAUUGGCUCUAGCCCAUAGCUGACGAAAAAGGCUUAUCCCUGCGGUUGCUAUGGAGAUGGACAGGAGCAGCGGAGAAGCUGCUAGUGAGAAAAUCAGCAUCAGGCAUCAGCGGGGGUCUGCAGGAAGAAGGAGGCAGGAUCAGGGAGGCUGCAAACAUGGACUUGCAUUGUGAUUGUGCUGAUUCUCAAGCAGCAGAACAGCCGUCUGGGAAAAUCAACAAGACUGCCUUUAAAUUAUUUGGGAAGAGGAAAUCUGGCAGUGCCAUGCCAGCUAUAUUUGGUGUGAAAAACAAGGGGGAUGGUAAAAGCACAGGCAAAAUGGCAAUGGUACGGAGCAAGACCCUGGAUGGACUAGCCGAGGUUGUGCUGGAGAGCAACAACAAGAAAGAGGAGCAGGAUGCUGGGGCGGCCGCUGUUUCUCCUACACCUGCCGAAGCUGACAAGGUGAACCCUGAUGUAAAUCCAACGAUGGUGACAAUAAAGGCAGAUGUGGCUUCAAACAGCUGCGUGGCAAAGUCCCACAGUUUUUUUAAUUUGCUGAAAAAGAGCAGCAGGUCGGAUACCGUGAGGGGAGAGAAUACCGAGCAGAAACCUGUCAGCAGACAAAAGAAAGGACUCAAAGGGCUAUUUAAUAGCAUGAGAUGGAACAGAAAAGAGAAAAGCAACAAAGACGACAGGGAAGGGGUGACAGAAAAUGCACCUGGCCUGAUUUUGCCUGGAUCAUUGACUGCUAGUUUAGAAUGUAUUAAGGAACAAAAACAAAAACCAUUGUUGUGUGAAAGCGUAAAAGCCAAGGAGGAUGUUGCUGUUGACUCACUCUGUGAGGAACACGGUGGCGAAGUGAAUGCAUCGGUGGGGGAGGACCGAGAAAAGGACAGAGUGGAAUCUCCCUGCUCAUCACUACACAGUGGUGACAGCAAACCCCAAGAAAAUGGUGAUUUAGAUGGACAACACGUGGAGAACCUUAUCCAGUUGCCAGGUCUAGAGGUGGACGCCCCGAACGAAAAGGAGGAUGAAAACAUAACAGGUGAACUGUCAAUAAACAAUAUUUCCUUUGUUGAACCUGAGUGUGAUAGUGGCCAAGAAAUUGCAAUCCCCGACCCUUCUACUGUUGAUCCUCCCUCUGAGCCGUCUCUUGACCGUAUUUGUUUGAUGUUGGCUGAUGUUACAUCAUUGAAAAGCUUUGACUCUCUUACAGGAUGUGGUGAUAUUAUUGCCGAUCAUGAUGACGAAGGAGGGAACAGCGUUGUUACAAGGAAUAUCCACGGUAAUGGCAAGAAACCUAUUAUCAAAAAGACCCCUAUCAUUGUUGCCUAUCAAGGAGGAGGAGAGGAGAUGGCAAGUCCAGAUCAAGUGGAUGAUACCUACAUACAGGAUAUUUGGGGAAUGGGGCCUCAGUCAGAGGAGGAGAGCAGAGAAAUGGAGAAAGCAAGCAGUCCAUUACAGGCCUCAGGCGAGGUAAACCGUAUUGACAUCACAUGUGAAGGGAAUUCAGUUAAACUGUCUAAACUCAAGCAGGUGGCAAAGAGUCGGAAUGAGAAAGGUGAUCAAAAAAUUACUGGUAGGGAACAGAAAGAGUGUGUUCGGAAUAGUGAUGAGGGUUACUGGGAUUCAUCUACUUCAGGACCUGAGGAAGACCCAGCAAGGAAUGUGGCAAAGAAAGCACUUCUCAGAGACAGCUGUAGCGGAGACGCUUUGUAUGACCUAUAUACAGAACCUGAUGAAAACACAGCCAGAGCGCAUGCGGGCGAGGAAAUUCCAUGCCUGCCACGUUCCAAACCAUUGUCUCCAGUAACUGCCACAUGUCCUGCGAAAACCAGUUUUGCUAAGGAUUCAAAGAUACCUAUUAGCGUUAAACAUCUACCAGUCCAUCCACCUAGCCAAGGGGCCGACACUAGCGGUUCGUCAGCUGUGCAGCAACCAGUGAAAAGUGAACUGCCCAGAACAAAAAUCCCAGUCUCAAAGGUACUUGUAAGAAGGGUCAGUAAUAAAGUAAUAACGGGGACAUCAGGUAAACCAGUCUACCACGAUCUUGCCAGAAAGUAGUACUGGCUUAAGUGGAAAGCAAAGCCAAUCUAAUUUGUCCGGUUGUUGUCUCAAUAGCCUGCAGUUACUUAAAAAAAUACUUUCACACUAAGAAAAUGUAAUCAAAUCUGUUUUUAUAAUGAAAUAAUCCAGGGCGGAUCUUCAGAUCAAGUUUGCUAAAACAAUUGUUUUGUUGGGAUUUUUUAUUUUAUUUUAUAUUUGUAUGUUCCUGAUAUACACUUUUCUCUACACACGUUUCUUUCCCUCACUGAGCAAAAAAAAUAAAAAUUAAAGAUUUAAUUGGACUUUUUGAGACAGAUUGCAUGGAUCCCUAUUCUAUUAAUUGAACGUGAUAAUCUUUUUAUCCAUGGAUACAGGAACUCCAGCACUUCCACAGAUAAUGGAGUUUAACUACAACGCUGCUCAGCCAAUGGAGUGGUAGUUCCCAGCAUUUGGGUUGUAAGAGGUUAUUUAUUACUGAAUUUAACACUGAUGUUUUUAAAUACCUGUUUAUGUUUAACAGUCAGGGAUCUUAACAAGCAAAGUUCAGCUUUAUUACAAGCACUGAAUUGUUUUGCCAAAUAUAUUGAAGCUGCUGGUUCCAAGACAAAAUGUACACAGUUAUGGGAUUACCACUGUCAUUUGAUGGAAAGUAAUUUAUCCCAGUUUGAGUGGUGUAUGAAUGAGUUAGGUAAACCUGAGGACACUUAUGCAGAUGCAGUAAAGCUUAUGACUGCUGCAAAAUUUCUUGGGAAGCAGAACUACUCAUUACAAACAUGCUCCAAGAAUUUAAAAGACGACAGGGUGGGUCCACCAAUGAGCACAACUGUCCCUCUAUAAGUCCCAGAAUGCCCUGUAUUAGGCAAAGUCCUUUAAUUCAAUAAGCUUUACUGGCACGAGGUAGGAACAAUGAUAAACCUACAAUAACUAAUGAUUUAAUUAUGAUUAAAGUGCAGAAAAAAAAGAAUCUUUAAUUUAGCAUAGUUUCCAUUUUGUCUCACAGCCUUUCUGUUUGAAGCACCUUUGCUUCAGUUGUUGUGUAUGGGAGAUUGUGGGCUUUGUUUCAUAAAUAGAGAAUUGUGAAGAACUGAAAAGGGAAUUAAACAUUUGGGGCAAAAUAGCAAAGCUGGAAUAAUAGGUGAUGUGGAUGUUUUUUUUUUAGUGCAAAUUCUUUGGCCUUCAGUCUGCAAUUUCUGUGUCAAUGUUCUCAAUUCUCAGUUUAGUGAAUAGACUCCAAUGGGCCAUUCGCAUUGUUCUCCAUAUACAACAAUAACACCAUUAUUUUUAAAGGCUGGUGAGUACAUUGCAUGCACUAAAUGAUAAGUAAAGAUACCAUACCUUAGUGGUUAGUGAUUUAGUAGCUAGCCAAGAUCAAUCCUCAAGGUUACAAGUUCAGUUCUGGCAGGAUUCUAUGAACAUUAUAGUGUUAGGACCUGUCUCCAUCUAGUCCCCUCCCAGCCAUGAAAGGAUUAAAAACCCUUUUAUUUACUUACCUGAGAUCCCUCAGCACUGGGUAAAGCUCCUCUGAAGUCAGCACGAUCUAAGAACUGAAUAUGCAUGCGCAACAAGUGCCGCGCACAUAUUCGGCCUUUCUCAUAAGAAACCAUUGAAUCCAGCGUCGUUUCACACAGUUAACCUCUGUGAAACUAGAGGCAGUCUUAAACCUACAAUGUAAACAUUGCUGUUUCUCAAAAAACGGCAAUCGUUUACAUUGCAGGGUUAAAGGGACAGCAUGAAGUGGUCUUGGUGCUUAUAGUGUCCCUUUAAAUCAGAAUUUCAUCUGUCAGAGGUUGACUAUCUAAGUACGAAUGAAUUGGUUAAAGACAUUUUAAUGUCAGGAAACACAACAAAAAAAUACAAAGCUAAAUGUACUAAUGUAUUCUUCCUUGUAACAACAUUUCAGUAACUGCUUCCACUGCUGUAAAAGGAUCAUGUCUAUUAAAGCAGGGAAGCUGUAUACUUCAGACGGUACAUAAUUUUAUUUUUAUAAUUAUGGUUUAUUUUUCUAGAUUUAUUUUGAUAUGGUCCUGUCCCUUUCUGCAAUAUAAAAGCUACCAUCUUGCAACUGCGCUGCAUUCUUUAUCUGAAGAUACAUGGCACAGUAAUUAUUAAUGCAAUAAUAUCUGGUGAACAUAACAUAUGGAGAAGUGCUAUGCUUUGCAUUGCUCCAAGUUUACAUCUAGACCCUUGAACUGUUCGUGUUUUGCAUUGAUAAAUAUGGCCGAUGUUUUACUGGAUGACCCAUAUAUGAAUUAAAGAGACGCAAGCCAGCAUUGUACAGGUACUAGACGUUUUGGUUUUAUACACUUUCUCAGUCUAAAGCAACUGUCUUUAUACAUGUACAGUACUUAUAAGGACCAAAUUCUGUUUAGUUUCAUGUGUAUUAUGUAAAUAUGUAUAUUUAUAUAUAUAUCUAUGUGAGUAAAUGUCUGUAUUAAUAUGCACAAAAAGACUGCCAUUUAUUUUACAUCAUAAAACACAUAUAGUACAGGGCUCUCCAUCUGGGGAUGUUUAGAAUGUUUUGUCACCCCCAUUUUGGCUUGGUUUUGAUUGAUGGGAGGUAAUGCUUCCAAUAUCAAUCCUUAACCAUGAAUCCCUAACCUUAAUUUCUAACUAUAUUGAAUCCCAUAACUUUCAAAUCUUUUACCAUUAUCUCUAAUUCCUAAACCCUAUCCCCCAACCGCUACCCCUCAAACAUGACCAUGCCAAUAUGGUGCUACCAAAACAUUCCAUUCAGGUCUAACUGGGACCAUACCUUUUGGUGUUCUUCAGCCAACAUCUGUUUGAAGGCCUAAGUAUGACUGCAACUUGUAGAAGAUAUGACGACAUAUUUCACAAACAUUUAUUAUUUUCUGCCUACAAAAUGCACAUUAAUAAUCCAUGUUGCUGUAUUUUAUUUUUUGUUCCUUUUUUAAACGGGCAAUAUAGCGUUGAUCAUGCACUGUUAUGUGUUUGAAGCAAGGUCGUUUCCAGUAACAAACAGCUGGAAUGUACAAACAUAUUGCACAGCAGGUGGCUCAUACCUUCAAAAAUAUACAAACUGUAAAAUAUCUCACAAAUUUCUGUAUGGAUAAUGGGUGCAUAAACGCUGGUUAUAGUUAUCCAGAAUUAGGAGUAUGCAGAAUGCAAUGCAUGAAUUAGUGGAUCACACCCUUCAUGCUGUAACAAAGAAUGUGAGAUUUGUUCGUCUAUUGGAUUGGAGUAACAGUUGAAGCCAAAGCGGCUUGUUUGGGAUUGCAACUCCCAUCAUCACAGGGCUAAUCAUGGUUCACAAAGCCAAAUAGACUAAUUUGCCAUAUUGUUGAUAAAUGCAGGAUGGAUGACAGGUCUAAUUUAAGUAUAUACUGUCUUCAUUAACACUGUACACAUUGUAUGCUACAAGCCUAUCUAAAAUUAUCAAUUGAUUUCUAUACAUCUUCUAUUAUUGAUAUAUUAAUUACUAUCAGCAAAAAUAUUUUGUAAGCUCUGCUGCCUUCUCUGUUUAAUAUAGAUGAACAUAUACAUUUUUAAACAAUUUUAUUUUCCUGCAUUUUGAUUUAUUAUCAAAACCAUCUUAAUCAUCACGUGUUCCCCACAGUCACCUGUGAGCUAGGUGUUGAAAAGCAACCUUUCAGUUGUAUUAGAGCAUUUCAUUUGGCCAAUAGGGAAAAUCUUGUUUAACCCCUUCACGAACAGGCUUAGACAAGCCCCUUGCUGUUGUGACAGUCCUGAGAUGUCAUAGGUCCUGAUCCUGAAAGGGUUUUUUAAUGUGAACUAUCUGGUUGAUCACGGGGACGUGGAUGGGGGGGAGGGAUUUUACUAUGUGUAGGGGGUGUCAUCUUGGGUGAGAACAUCUUCUGCAAGGCUUAUACUGUCUCCUUAUUAAAGCACUUAGCGAUAAGAAUCUAUUUGCUCUCCUCUUUUUAAGCCUGAAGCAGUAAAUGGAUUAACAUUGUUAUCCCUGCAUUAAUGGACUCAUCAGCUUCAAUGAAAGAUCGGUCUGCAUCUUUGAAGUCGCCAAAUCCCUAACGUGUUUAACCCUUUGGAUAACACAGGGUUACACUGUACAUCUAUAUGUCCCACGUGCACUCCAAGAGUUAACUGUUUGUAGUCAAUCGCUGAAACUGGGAAUUAUUGGGAAGUGAAGAAGGUUUCACAAAUUUUGGGCAAAUGUAGCUGAGCUGGGAAAAGAGAUGAAAUAGAAAAUAUUUCCAAUUUGUUUUAUUCUGCGUUAAAAAUACAAUAACAUUUUCGGUUCCCAGUUUAGUAAAUAACACUGGGCGUGUUUAAUAAGUAUGUAGGAAGAUAGCAGGGGCCCUCUGAUACAAUAGACUAAACUGACUGAAAAACAAGAAGAGGUCAUGCUCCAAGGACUUGUUCACGAGUAGCAAAUAUUUAUUGGAAUAAAGUUGUCGCUGUUUUAGUCCCCAUGGAGACAUUCAUAGCUAAAAACAAGAUGGCUGACACUUGUGGGUCUUUUCUGGAAAUGUAAAUAAUUGUUUUUAUUUUAUGAUAGCAAGAAUCGUGAAAGGGCUAAUCAAACCAAAACAAAACAGUGUUUUCAUGAAACACUGGUUUCGGUUAGAGAAACACUUUCUGAGGAGGUCCGCCACUCCGCCACCUCCCCAAAAACCAAAACACUUCAACUUACCUUUGUUCAUUCUUCCUGCAACCUGAUCCUCUUGGUUGACGUUAUUCCUUCUCACCAAAGGGAGAGUGAGGUCAGGGAGGAUGGACAGAGGGGAGGACAGGAGCAGCAUGGGGUAUGCUGAAUUGUUUAUCUGGCUCCAGCAUGCUGUGUGUGCUGGCAUCAGACUCCAAUUUCGCUCUUAACUGAUAUUCGCCAUCCCUGAACUUUGUUCUGGUCUGACUAAUGACGCUACAGGUGGUAGAGUUAAACCUCUGGCAGUUAAGAGGUUAAUUUCUGUAUGCGCAGCGUUUCAAAGCAAAAUGCUGCACAUAAAGACUCCUUUAAAUCACUGAAGUGGUCAUGGUGCUUGGGGUAUCUCUUUAAUCGUAGCAUGGUUAAAGUCUUUUUUUCUUCUAAAGGCUCACAAAUACCAGUAAUUUUUCUUUUUUCUGUAUUGGUGCGUCUUACCAGACCUAACAGCAGGAAUAAAUACACCGCAGGGAGUGGUAGGGCAUAACUUGUUUUGCCAAUUUAUUUUAUUGUAUGACAUGAGAUAACAUUACAUCAGAUUCUCUUCUUCAUUAAAAUAAAUUUAUGACAGUGAUGAAGAAAAACAAAGCCAGAUAUAUUUGAUAUGUUAUGGAUUUACCCCAAUUAAGUCUAUGUAUCUAUCCAUCCAUCAAUCAAUCACAAACAUUCCAUCCAUUAAUCACCAACAAUAACAUCCAUAUAUAUUGGUAAAUACACACAUAUAUACGAUCUAUAUACCGUGGCUCGGUUACUCUCCUGCAUAAUAAAUAUGUUUUAACGAAGACUAGCAAUAUGUAUCACAUUACGCAGUGAUGUCAAUUUGUCAACAAAUUGAAAGGUCAUUCAAAUAAAAUACAUUUGUUUCACAAAAGAUUCUUGAACUUCAGCAAAAAUACAAGCUCAUUUAACAUCUGGGUAUCAGGAGAAUGAUAUGUGUAAUUAAAUAGGUAGGUUAUUCAUCUGACCUUUUUUUAAAAUGUGCACAUAUUGUGGAUUGUUUUUGUUAUAAUAAUAAUCUCUGUAUUGGUUUUGCGGUACAUGCCAUUCUGCUAUCUCUGUCUCUGCCCAUAUGGUGGAUAAGCAUUGAGCAAAAAUGUCCUAUGGUGUGUGUGUAGCGAAACGACACAAAGCUGUCAUUGUUUCCAUACAGCGCUGAUCCACUGAACACUGGAUAUGUGUCAAGGCUACGUUCUUUUGUGAUUCUUUGUAUCAUUUUCCCAAAAUGCCAAAACCGAUUCAUUACUUAACGACAGGAAGAAAGACAAAAUCACAUUUAUUUUUCAUUUUAUUUCCGUUUUCAUGGUGUUUUCGUAUGUGCUUAUUUACUAAAACAGAAAUUAUGAAUUGCUGAUAAAACUGGGUUAUAUCUCCUUCUUCUCUAUGGCUUACAAAAACAAAGAAUAAAAUCUUAAUUAAAAAAACAAGAAUUGCAAAUUAAUAAAAAAAAAAAAUCAUUUGCAAAUUAAGGCCAAAACCGUGUACAUGUGAAUCUUUCACACCACGAUGAUAUUUUGGCCUUAAAUGUGUCAUUUUUGUAAUUUAUUCACCCUAUUCCUGUUUUCGUAUAUAACCCUCUGCUCUACAAUAUUCUAUGUUACUAUCACGAUUUUUAAAUGGCCAUUUUAAUCUUUGGCUUUUGUUCCUAUUAUUAAAAUGAUUAGAGAUAUGAAAAUAUGCCAGUAGGUUUGAUUAGUAAUAUAACUUUCGAUAAUGUCUGUAAAUGUGGGUCUUUUUACAGUCAAUAAAUGGUGAAUUUUAUCAGUAAGGGAAUUGCAAUAUUCAGGUCAAAAUAAUUGUUCUGGAAAAAAUGGCCAUCUUGGACAGUGUUUUCCAAUCCAGCUUCUAUGGCCUGAAUUUAAAAUGUCUUGGUAAAUUCUUUUUCAUUCACAGUUUAGAGAAUAACUUUGUUUGUGGGGGAUAUUUAUUCACCACUGUGCAUGUUUUACUUGAGUUGUCACUAUAUGACGAAUUGAGGAGAAAUGAAAACUGAACAGCAAAUUUUAGGCCAAAUUAGCCUAAAUGGCAAAUUAGCCAAGCUUUUAUUCAAUUUGUCUCUUUUGGCCUACAAGGUGCACUUCCAUUCUCAAUUUACCACAAUUACUGAUUUAGUGAACACCUCUGCAGGAGAAUUGUGCUUUUUAGUGCAAAAACAAGGGGGCGAUACUCAAACGAUACCAAAUUUAAUUUUGAAUUGCUCUCAAUCUCUUGGUUAAUCAACAGACCCCAAAUUUGUUCAAUAAUUCCAGUAUCUUCAUCUGUGUUACUCACUGUUAAUAACUUGACUACGUCUGAACUAUGUAAAAAUGUUUUAUUCUGAUGUCUGGCAUGACGGUAUGUAUAUGCACACAAACAAUUUUUAUUUUUGCUUCAACAGAUGUUUUGCAAAUAUAUUUUCGAAAAUCAAAACACACUGUGUAGAUGUACAAUUGUUGUAAAAUAAAUACAAAUAAAAUCACAGUUUCUCAC